CCUCCGGACACCGAGCACCGCGGGGGACCGGCGCCGGCCGCGGCCCGAGGCGCCCCCGCGGGGCGGGCGCCGCGCCUACAACUCCCAGCGACCCCCGCGGCGCCGAACAGCGGCGCCGAGCCCGGGCGCGCCGCGGGGGCUGCUGGGAGCGCGAGUCCGCCCGCACCCCCCCCUUCCAUCCCCGCUGCCCGACCGCGCGGCCUGCGCCCGGCCCCGCUGCCCUCACCUGCGAGCGGCCGGGGCGGAGGAAGAGGAGCCGGGGAGGACGGAAGGGCGGGAGGAGGAGCGGGUGAGCGGGGGGCUGUGCCCUGGGCGCAGCCGGCGGGAUGCAGGCGGCGGGCGGCGGCGGAGGGCCGGGCUGUGGCUGCAAGGGGAUCCGCUCCUGCCUGCUCUGCGAGGGGCCCGCGCCGGCCGCUCCGCCCCCGCAGGGAGAAGAUAAUUUCACUUACUGUCCAGCAACAGGCCUAGCUAAAGGAAAUGAGCACUCGGAAUUUGCUGGCUGGGCAUUUCCCUUUCCAGGGGUGUUCCUGGUGGAGGAGUUCAUUAAUGAAGAUGAAGAGUGUGAGAUAGUGGAACUGAUGGAUCGAGAUGACUGGAAACCAUCUCAGUCUGGCCGAAAGAAACAGGACUAUGGGCCCAAAGUGAACUUCAAGAAACAAAGGCUGAAAGCUGGCAGCUUUACUGGCUUGCCGAGUUUCAGCAGGAAGAUUGUGGCACAGAUGAAGGCCUGCGCUGUGCUCAGUGGUUUCCACCCUGUGGAACAGUGUAACCUGGACUACAGACCAGAGAGAGGCUCUGCCAUCGACCCCCACUUUGAUGACUGGUGGCUCUGGGGGGAGCGCCUGGUCAGCCUGAACCUGCUCUCACCAACCGUGCUCUCCAUGUCCUGCGAUUCAGAGGACACCAUCCAGUUAUAUCCCAUUUCCAGUAAGGAGGAAUCAACCCCCCCCGCACCGUCCACGCAGACAUCAGCGCGCAGAAGUUCAGGGGCAGAGGGAACCGAGUGCUUUUCGUCCCCACGGCUGGUUCCGGGGAAGGAGGUGAGCGUGGCCAUCCUCUUGCCCCAGAGGUCGCUGGUGGUGCUGCACGGCGACGCGCGGUACCGGUGGAAGCACGGCAUCCGUCGCAGGCACAUCCAGCACCGCCGCGUCUGCAUCACCUUCAGGGAGCUCUCUGCCGACUUCAGCGCCGGGGGGAGGCACGAGGAACUGGGCAAAGAACUGCUCCAAAUCGCUCUUUCCUUCCAAGGGAGACCCGUGUGACCAAGAGGCCGCAUUAUGUUGGGAGAGGUGUAAAAUGAGGGAUGGAAUUUGUAUGACGAGGUUUAUUUCUGAGGCGGGGUAAGGAACCAGGUGUGUGCAGAGAUAAGCUCAAUAAAAUGAAGAUUUAACAAACAA